CCUCUGUUCAAUUUCAGCAACGAUGGCUGCACUAAACUUAAAGCUGGUGAUUGUGGGCGAUGGAGGGGUGGGGAAGAGCUGCCUCCUCAUCACCUACAACACAGAGUCAUUCCCCAGUGAGUACGUUCCCACCGUCUUCGAUAACUACUGUAGAUCCAUCACGGUAGAUGGAACACCAUGCAACAUGGCAUUCUGGGAUACUGCUGGACAGGAGGACUACGAUCGUCUGCGACCGCUGUCCUAUCCACAAACAGACAUCUUCCUGAUGUGCUUUGACAUUAGCAACAGGGCUUCUUUUGAGAACAUCUCAGAAAAGUGGUUCCCAGAAGUUCGGCACUUCUGUCCUGACACACCCAUCAUUCUUGUGGGCACAAAAAAUGAUCUUCGUACUGACGUAGCAGCAUCUAGGUGUGUGUCCUGGCAGGAGGGGCAGCAAGUUGCGACCAGUUUGAAUCUUCCGUACCACGAGACAAGCUCACUGAAACAAGUAGGACUGAAGGAGCUGAUGAACCAUGCAGUACAACUUGGGAGCCAGAGUCAUAAAAGACAGAAAAAAGGAGGCUCCAUCGGCAAGUGGGUUCCCUCCUGGUUGAAAGGGAAAAAGUCCAACUCUCUCCCACCUCCUCCUAUCAUGCCCCCUGCUGGUCAGGCCCCGUGGAUUGAGAUUGAGACAUCCACCAUUGCUGAUCACAUGACCCAGCUGCUGAAGUCAGGUGACUACAGUGACGUGACCUUUGUGGUGGAGGGGUCACACCAUGUCCCAGCACACAAACUUGUUCUGUGCAGUGCUUCAGAAUUCUUCCAGAACCUCUUCGGUGUUCAAUCAUCCAAUAAGAAAAGCAAAUCAUCCAAGAGCACCCCAAACUUUGCCUCUGGCUGUGCAGGGGUUGCUGGGAUUGAGGAGGGGACAUCAGGAACUGUGGUAACACUGAGAGAUGACAUCAGUCUGGAGGUCUUCACACAUGUCCUGGAGUUUCUGUACUCAGGUCUUCCAGUUCUGACGGAAGCUCCCACAGAGGAGAAACUGACCAGACUUACAGCUGCAGCUGAACUGUUCCACCUGCCGUACCUCAGCCAGGUGUGUGACAACAUCAUCCGCAAAGAGGAGUUCCUGAACCCCAGUAUUGGCACAUACCUGAACGAUACUACGGGACAGAAGAUCAAAGAGUUGUUCUUAAACAAGUCAGAGCUUUCUGAUAUCAGCUUUAUUGUACAAGGUACAACAGUCCAUGCACAUAAGGCAAUCUUGACCUCUAGGUCAGAAGUCAUGGGGGUCAUGUUUGGUGGCAGCUUUUCUGAGAGCUCAAGUUCAAAGGUUCCAGUGACAGGCCCAUCUACAGAUGUAUUCCUGGCACUCCUGGAGUACCUCUACACUGACCACGCACCAAUCGAGGAUGUGGGACCACUGGACAUCUUGCCACUGGCUGACCAGUACGGACAGACGCGCCUCAUCAGCAUGUGUGAACUGUACAUGACUAAAGACGUGGACCGUGACACAAGAGAGAGCAUAGAGAAAUCUUCGACUGAUGUGAUUGGUCUACUAGUCAUGGCACAGAUGCACAAUGCUCCCCAGCUGUCCUCCUGGUGUCUUCACUUUAUUUCUACCAACUACACAGCUAUCAGCAAGAGGGCAGAGUUCAGUCUGCUGCAAGGUGAGAAUCUGAAACAUGUGGAGGAGCAUCAGUGGCCACCUGUGAGUUACCUGAAGCAGGUGGAAGAGUAUGAGGCAAUGCUGAAGGAGAAAGGCCACAACACAGACAAGUGUGUAGUCAUGUAACCAGUCAUCACAAGUACUGCUGCUUCUUUAUAAUCUCCAAGCAGAUGUUGGAAGCCAGGGAAGGUCAUAACUGUUAGUUAACUGCCCAGUUUCUCUGUAACAACCAAUGUCUGCAAUGUUAGCAUGCAGGUUCAUAUGUUUGAUAAAGCAGAGCAACAAGAACUUUCUGUCCUAAUUGUAAUACCUGCUUGUAGAUAACAGUGAGGUACUCAAUAUUACUCAAUUAUUUUCUUUAUGCUUGUUUUUACAUCUAUGUAAUAUACUUUUAUGUUUGAAAUGUCAUGUUUGAGAUUUUUUACUAUUCUUUUUGUGUUAUGUUUCUUAUAUUCUGUUCCUACCAUCUAAGAAUUUAAGAAUUUACAUGUACAGAAAAUAUAAGGUUUUGAAGGACCACUUGUAGUUUAAGGAGAUAUAUAUGUGUGCAAUGCCCUUAUCUAGUAAAAGGGAUGUUCGAUGCAAAGAGUGCAAAUGUCUACCAACACUGCAUAUUGCCCUAUCUUGCCUUAGUUAACAAUUCUUAAACCAUGUCAGGACCCAUAUUGCCAAAAAUAGAUAUAUCACUUUUCCUCAAGACAAAGCCUUAUAAACAUCAUUAAAUGGUAAAUAAAGUUACAGAUUCUUUAAGUUGUUUGGUUCACAAAGAAGAUAUGGAUCAACUAACCAACCAACAACUGCUGACAAAAGCAUUAACCAUCAAACUAAAGAUAUCUAGGACAGCAUCACCAUAUAAUUCAUCUGUCAAUGUUAUUCCCUGCAUGCCUGUACAGGUAUGAAAUGAAUGGAUUUGAAUUAUUACUUGCUGUGAAAUGUACAAACAAGACAUUUAACCUUGAUACAACUGACUAUGGUUCAUAGUCAUUUUGUGCAAUGUAGAACCAUCCAUACCACCGAGUAAAUUGCAAAAUAAAUUGUGAUAAUUACAAGCUUAUAAAUCUGUGUAUAUUACUAGAAUAGAGAUACAAAUGACCUCCCUGCUGCUACUGCACAACCAGCAAGCUCUUACUGAUGUAUAACAUUCCCAUGUAAAUAGAUAACUUUGCCGAAGAGGUGACCUGCUAAAUUUGUAAACAGAGCAUGUCACAUUGCUCUGUUGGCAUCAACAAUGUCAUUUGACUGCAGUAAAUGAAAGCACUGACCACAAA